AUGAAAGAUUCAUUUGUUGAAGAGCAAUUUGUACCGAUGGAUGAACAACAUCAUUGCUUAGAUGACGAAGAAAGGCCGACAAUGAUUGCACAAUUAGAUAGUUUACAAAAAUUAAAAGAGAUCGGCUGGUAUUGGGGCUGUUUAAAUUGGAAUGAAGCAGAAAAAUUACUAAAAGAUAAACAAGAUUAUUCAUUUAUUGUACGUGAUAGUAGUCAUCGACAUUAUUUUCUCGCAAUCACGUUUAAAAGUAAUGGAAAUAUUCAUCAUGCAAGAAUUGAACACAGUAACAAUUCGUUCAGUUUUCAAAAUAAUUCUUCAAAAUCACAAUGUACAUCGCCAGAUGUUGUCAAAUUUAUUGAAAAUACAAUUGAACAUUCGAAGAAUGGACAAUUCAUGUUUUUUGUUCGUACCAACGUAGAUGGUCAACCACUAACACCUGUACGAUUAUUAUAUCCUGUUUCACGUUUAUCUCACAUUACAUCUUUAAAACACAUAUCCCGGUUUUUAAUUCAUCGAUACAUUAGACGUGAUCGUAUUGAAGAAUUAGAUAUUCCUGCUCGUCUAAAAGCCUAUUUAAAAGAGCCACAAAUUUAUACAGAAUUAAAACUUUAA